AUGCCGCCUCUCACUACACUUCUCUUUAUCUUCUCCAGUCUUCUCAUUGCUCGACUCCUCAUUUUUCUCUCGCGGCGUCCCUCAUCCCCCCUCCCACCAGGGCCAAAGCCUCUCCCAUUGAUCGGCAACAUCCACCAACUCCCCAAGUCGCUACAAUGGCUACAUCUCUACCACUGGAGCAAGAAAUAUGGACCCAUCAUGCACCUCAGCAUGGGCGGGAAACCACUUAUCAUUCUUUCGACCCAUCAAGCAGCCCACGACCUCCUUAAUAAGCGGAGCUCGCGUUACUCCGACCGCCCGCGCAUGGUCAUGGCCGGCGAACUGGUCACUAAAAAUAUGCACAUGCUUCUCCGGCCGUAUAACGAGCGGUAUAGACUGCAUCAGCGCAUGGAGGCGCCGCUGCUUACGUUGAAGGCGGCAAGCGGGUAUCGUCCAUUGCAGGAUAUCGAGUCGCGGCAGUUACUUUUUGAUGUGCUUUGGGAUUGGAACGAGUUCGGUGAGAAGGGCGUGGACUUUCAUCACCAUCAUGAGCGCGCGAUGGCGAGUACAAUUUAUUGCCUGAAUUACGGGUACAGACUGAAGACAGGGCAUGAGAAGGCUCUUCUCGACGGGAAGAAAGUGCAGGCGGAGUUUGCAAGGACGGGCCAGGUCGGCGCUUAUAUUGUCGAUUCCUUUCCAUUCCUCAACUAUCUUCCCAAGUUGUUGGCGCCGUGGAAGAAAGAAGGUGAGGAGCUCUACGAGCUUGAACGACAGCUGCAUGUGGGAAAUCUGGAGAAGGGGUUGAACGUGUCCAAGGGAUGGAACUUCGCGAAGGCUAUGAAAGCGUCGCCUGAGAGCAACGAUAUGUCCACUGAAGAGCUGGCAUUUGAUUUGGGCAUCCUCGCAGACGCCGGACUUGAUACCUCAACUGUUGCACUGGACUGGUUCAUCGUUGCAUGGAUUACAUCCGGAGUGCGCCUGGGCUGGGUCCUCAAAGCCCAAAAACUACUUGAUGAAGUCGUCGGGAGAAACCGCCUCCCUACUUUCAAAGACCGCCCCAAGCUCGCAUACAUCGACGCAAUCGCGAGCGAAACCCUCCGCUGGCGCCCCGUUGUUGUCGGCGGCGUCCCACAUUUCACCAAGACCGAGGACACGUACAUGGGCUACCACAUCCCUGCAAACUCGAUCGUUCUGGGCAACGCGUUCGCGAUCACGCGCGACGAGUCCGUAUUUGGUGAAGACGUCGAUGACUUUAUACCCGAGCGCUGGCUUGCCAAUCCCACUUCACCUUCUUCCGAUAUAAACGGCACAAUUGACGUCUGCGGGAUGAACACCUCAGCGCUUAAAGACCUCCCGCAGACGGGUUUUGGUUUCGGACGCAGAGUCUGCACGGGGCGUCUCAUUGCGCGGAAUCAGCUGUUCAUCCAGAUGGCGCGGAUGCUGUGGGCGUUUGAGGUCGAGGCUGGUGUUGUUGACGAGCGUUCAGGUGAAAGGCAUAAGGUUGACGAUAUGGAUUGUACGGAGGGCUUCGUUACACUUCCCAAGCCGUUUCGGGCGGCGAUGAGGCCCAGAGGGGAGUGGGUGGAGGACGUCAUUUUGGAGAGUGGGGAUACGCAUGGGGUUGAUCAUGGGGAUAUUCUUGAAAUGGCGAGGAUUGGUUGA